AGUUAGCAUGUGCCGACCCAUAGGGGCAGAAUCGGUUAAUUAUGACUUUCAAUCCACCACGAAACCACCAAAGAAGAAAACACACCAUCCACUAGGUGAAGAAAAUGGCCGACGUUGAAAUGGACUUACAAAGUGAGAGGUUGAAUAACGGUAAAGAAGAUUUGGCGAGUCCAUUAAAGAGUGGAAAAGAGAACAGUGAAAUGUCUGAAGAGGAUGAGGAGGAGGAGGGCACAGAGCAAGCUGAGGUAAAUGGGAGGAACAGAGAUGAAACUUCCAAACAUCACAGCAGCAACAAACACAAAAAAAAGAAGCACAAGCACCGUAGCAAGCACAAAAAGCAUAAACAUGCUUUAGAGGAGGAUAAGGAGCGCAAGCGUAAACACAAACACAAGCAUAAGAAGCAUCGUCGCAAAGAGAAGACACCUACCCCUUCAGGAGCCGUUCACCGAAAGGCUGAAAAUGCCUCUCCUUCAUCUGAGAACCCGAAUGUGGAUGACCGGGCUCUGCUAGAGGAUUUGGAGAAGCAGAGAGCUAUGAUCAAAGCUGAGCUGGAUAGCCAGCUGAUGGAAGGUAAGGUUCAGUCAGGAAUGGGGCUUAUCCUGCAGGGCUAUAAUUCAGGCUCUGAGGAGGAUGGAGAGGGACACAGGCCCCGGAAUGGAGAGCAGUGCCAAAAAGGCAAUGGGGGUAAAACUCAACCACCAAGGGAUCGUAGCAACAGGGGUAGCAAAACCAAACAGGACUCACCAGAUAAUAAAAUGAGCACAAAGCUACAUAGCCUCUCCAGAGAGGGAGACAGAGUGAUGAGGGAGAGCAGAGGCAGCCGUCUGAGUAAGAGUGGGAAAGAAAUAGCAGAGUACAGCAGGUCCAAAGAUAGGAGGAGCUCACAGAGCCAGAACCGAUCUCGUGAGAGAGUAAGGAAAUCACAAUCCCCAUCCAGUAAGAGGCGCUCAGUAGAAAAAAGAACAGAGCAAAAGAGGUGCUCAUCUGAAGGGAAGGAGGCUCGAACAGAAAGACACCCGUCUCCUCGUGAAGAGGAAAGGAGGACAGCCCAGGAGCUGGGAAGACAGCGAUCGGGUUCACCAGCACACUUGCACUAUCAGAGGUCACAGUCCAAAGAUGGCCGCUCAGAGGCAGACAAGGCCAAGAGACCCGGCAAAUCGCCUUCCAAGGAUGCUUCGUCAGGAAAGGAGAACCGCUCGCCACGCCACCGGUUGGCAUCGAGUCCACGGCAAGGCCGUAGUUCUUCCACUCAUCGGAGAGAGCGCCAGACUCAUCAAGCAGCAUCAUCUGGAUCCAAACAGAACUACUCUCCUUCUAGGAACAGGUCCCCUGCAAGGAAGGGCCGUAGUCGCUCAGCUGAUCGCAGAAGAGACUCACCAUCAAGGAAACGCUCGCGUGUAGAUGGGACUGGAAGGUCAUAUGAAACUAGCCCAGCGCGACGAAGGGUCAGCCGGUCACCACUUAGACGAAGGUCUUUGUCCCCAAGGCGUCAGUCGCGCCCCUCACCACGAUGGCGGAGUCGAUCUCCUUUUAGACGAAGGUCUGGUGAGAGGGAUCGUUUCGGGCACAGCAGAGCUCGUCGCUCUACGUCCAGAGAACGUGCGCGCAGGAGGAGGCGCAGUCGAGAUGAGGAUAAAUACAAAGGGAGUUUGUCAGAGGGCAUGAAGGUGGAUCAGGAUUCCUCCUCAGAAGAUGUGAUAGAAGAUUUUGAUGCCGAGGAGGAGGAUGAAGAGGCUCUGAUUGAAAAGCGACGACAGCAGCGACUAGCGAUAAUGCAGAAAUACAGGACAGCAAAGGACAACAGUAACAUGGGCUUAAUGGUGUCGGAGCCAAGCAGUCCCCAGAGCAGCACACGCAGUCGCUCUGCCUCACCAGAUGACAUCCUGGAGCGUGCUGCUGCCGAUGUUAAGGAGUACGAACGUGAAAAUGUGAACACCUUUGAGGAUAAUGUGAAGGCCAAGCUCAACCUCAUAGCUCAGGAGAAAGAGGGAAUAAACACAAAGAAACUGUCUGCCCCUGACAUGUUUACAGAGUCGGAUGACAUGUUUGCUGCAGAUUUUGAUAGUGCCAGGCUCAGGGCUGUUGGAGUUGGCAAAGACUUUAAGGAAAACCCAAAUCUUAGAGACAACUGGACCGACUCUGAAGGAUACUAUCGUGUGAACAUUGGUGAGACGUUAGAUAAGCGCUACGAUGUCUAUGGCUACACAGGGCAGGGUGUAUUCAGUAAUGUUGUCCGAGCCAGAGACACUGCACGUGCUGGCCAGGAGGUGGCAGUGAAGAUCAUCCGCAACAACGAGCUCAUGCAAAAGACAGGGCUGAAGGAGUUGGAGUUUCUGAAGAAGCUUAAUGAUGCUGAUCCUGAUGAUAAAUUCCAUUGUUUGCGCCUCUUCAGACAUUUCUACCACAAACAGCACUUAUGUCUGGUGUUUGAGCCGCUAAGUAUGAAUCUUCGUGAGGUCUUGAAGAAGUAUGGCAAAGACGUAGGUCUCCACAUUAAGGCUGUUCGUUCCUACAGCCAACAGCUCUUUCUGGCCUUAAAGCUUCUGAAGCGCUGUAAUAUUCUACAUGCUGACAUCAAACCUGACAACAUAUUGGUGAAUGAGUCAAAGACCAUCCUCAAACUAUGUGAUUUUGGUUCGGCCUCCCACGUGGCUGAUAACGACAUUACUCCUUACCUGGUCAGCCGGUUCUACCGAGCUCCUGAGAUCAUCAUUGGAAAGCCAUAUGAUUAUGGAAUUGAUAUGUGGUCAGUAGGUUGCACUCUGUAUGAGCUUUAUACAGGAAGGAUCUUAUUCCCUGGCUCUUCAAACAACCACAUGAUCAAACUGGCGAUGGACCUUAAAGGAAAAAUGCCCAACAAGAUGAUUCGAAAAGGUUUUUUUAAAGAUCAACACUUUGACCAGAACCUAAACUUUCUGUACAUAGAAGUGGACAAAGUGACUGAAAGGGAGAAAGUGACAGUAAUGAGCACUAUUAACCCUACUAAAGACCUGCUGGCAGACCUGAUUGGUGGCCAGAGACUUCCAGAAGAGCAGAGAAAGAAAGUGAUGCAGCUGAAGGAUCUGCUUGAUGGCACUCUGAUGUUGGACCCUGCCAAGCGCAUCAGUAUAAACCAAGCCCUGCAGCAGUCAUUCAUUCAGGACAAGAUUUGACCUUUUUUCCUGUGUAUCACAUCUGACCUUUUUUGGCCUUAUGCUGGAAGUGCAGUGGCCUGCCAGCUCUUUUCCUGGAUAUCUAGCAUCCUAUAAAAGUUUAAUUCUGAUCCCAGUCUGAUACUUCCGUUUUGUUAUUUGAGUGUAAAAGGACUGAUAGCUAUGUUGGAUAUGUUUAAAUGUGUGGAGCUGAAAUCUGGGAAGCAGAUCAACAAAUAGAUUUACUUACAGCACUGGAGUUGGAUUGAACCAACAAACUAUAUCUUAGAAUGUCUGGAACCAUUGGAGAUUUUUCUUUGUUUGUUUUAUAAGCAUUUCUUGUUUGCAUUUCUGGUUUUUAUUGUAAAUAUCCAUACACAAUUACAUGUUCACAUAAGACUUUUUUUUUUUUUUUUUGCAAUUGUUGUUAAAAUUUGAUUGAUCAUUUAUUAUAAACGGGAUGUCCAAAAAAAGUAAGACUUUGUUUAAAUGACAGUUUAAAAUUGUAUUGUGUGCAUACUUCCCUUUUUAUCAUCUGUUCUGGUUCAGCAGCAAGAUCUCACAAGAAAAAACCCUUUUGGUUCUCUUUAAACCAUUCCACCAUCAUUAUUUGUAUCGGAUGAAAACUGACCACAUUCAAAUAUACUUUUGGUUUAAAAAAAAAAAAAACAGUUUAAACCAGUGACAAAUUGCCUGGUAUUAACAAUCAUCUUAAAGUAUGUAAUUGAGCUGUAGUUUGUGUCUAUCUGAGAAAUAGCGUCCUUGUGUUCUAUGUUGUAACAUUUACAUUGUUAAUGCAACAUGCAGAUUUGAUACAUUGAAUGAGCAGUGGAUGGUAAUAGUAAAAAACUCAGUAUUGUAAGUAGUGAAACAGCGCUAUUAUAGAAUUUUAUAUUCUACUAAAAGAAUUUAACAAA